CAAGAGACAACGGACCCUUAUCACUGCGUUUCUCUUCUGCUCCUUUAAGGCAGACCUGCUGCAUUCAUGUGUCCAUCUAGAGGCCACUGGACUUUGCGAUGUCAGCGAUACUUUCUGCCGAUGACCUGAACGACUUCAUCAAUCCUGGUGUCGCGUGCAUCAAGCCGGUCGAGACUCUACCUAAACAGCAGCCUGAUAAUGCUAGCGAUACGUAUGAAGUUACGACAGAAGACCGAGCCAAUUCUGGGACCGCACCACCUGCGCAGAUUUCGCUCACGGACUGCUUAGCAUGCUCGGGUUGCGUGACUAGUGCAGAGGCGGUCUUGGUCAGCCUGCAGAGCCAUGGCGAAGUGUUGGACACACUUGAUCGAUACAGGGAGCUGCGCGCACCAUGGAUGGACGCGACCGACGGUGGUGAUACGUCGGACGCGAAGGUCUUCGUUGCGAGCGUUUCGCCGCAGGCAAGAGCGAGUCUUGCAGCCACCUACAAUAUUACCGAGCGGGAGGCAGGCUACAUGAUCAGCCAGCUAUUGAGCGGGCCACAUGGACUGCGCUCUGGCGGCGCACAAGGAGCGGGCUUUACUUGGACCAUAGACACGAAUGCUAUGCGCGAAGUUGCUCUGGUCGCUGCUGCGGACGAAGCUCAGCAAGCAUUCAAUGCGCCUAGUGAUGGCUUGAAGCGACCCGUGUUGACUUCUGCCUGCCCUGGUUGGAUAUGUUACGCCGAAAAAACACAUGCUCACAUCUUGCCACAUCUGAGCAAGCUGAAGUCACCUCAAGCGCUUACAGGAACGCUGAUCAAAACCGUCCUAGCGAAGAAGUUCGGCAUUCCACCGGAGAAAGUCUGGCACAUGGCUGUCAUGCCAUGCUUCGACAAGAAGUUGGAAGCGUCACGAGGCGAGCUGACGUCCCACACUUGGCAUGGACAGGAAGGCGAUGCCGUACGCGACGUUGACUGUGUCAUCACAGCACGUGAGCUGCUUAUGUUGGCUGAAAGCCGCAACAUUAGGUUUCCUAACCUGCCAAGAGCACCCUUGUCGGAGCAGUAUGCGCCACCGUUCCCGGACGCAAAUGUUGACCGCUUCUUGAAUAGCCGUCGAAGAGGACACAAGCGUAAGCGAGAGGAGGCUGACGCGGAGAUUGGCACGAGUGGUGGCUACCUUCAUCAUGUCCUGAAGACUCAGCAGGCUCUGCACCCAGGAUCUAUCCUUUCGAGACACCGUGGCCGCAACGUCGAUGUCUCAGAAUAUGCGGUUUUGUCUUCAAGUGGACAAGAGGUCUUCAGAGCAGCUCGUUACUACGGUUUUCGCAACAUACAGAAUCUCGUACGUAGACUGAAGCCCGCCAAAGCGAGCCGCUUGCCCGGAGCAACGCGCAAGCCUGGCGGGGCACGAAAGCCCGGUGCUGCUAGUGGUGGUACUAACGAGGGCGAAUAUGCUUAUGUGGAAGUCAUGGCUUGCCCAGGCGGAUGUACCAACGGCGGUGGGCAGAUUAAGGUGGGAGACGUAGCCACCCUUCGGCAGGUUGGCGGUACAGGCAUUGAAAAUGGUAGCAUUGAUCAGGAGAUGUUACCUGCCCAGCGCGAAUGGCUGGCGAAGGUUGAUGAAGCGUACUGGAGUGCUGAUGCAGACGACACUGAUUCUACGGUUGACGAUGGAGAUGUUGACAUGAAUGAGGCACACACAAUGGAUGAAGUCGGAAACGCCGCGGACGUUAUCGACGGCAUCGAUCGACGGUCCGUGAAAGCCUUCCUAGAGCGUUGGACAAGACUUACCGGUGUCGAGUUGGACAAGCUUGUCUGUACGACGUACCGAGUGGUCGAGAGCGAUGUAGGUAAGAAUCAAAGUGGCGGGAGCGAGAUGGAGAAGGUGUCAGCGCUUGCGGUAGCCGCCGGCGGUGGAUGGUAGAAUAUAUGUGUGAUAUCAUGGCAGUACAAUAUUCCGGCAAUGCGCCUUGCUGUUUCCUUCAGCGUCCAGCUUCUUGUAUGAAUGUAAGAGUGCGGUUGUUGUUCAGCAUUCGGGCCGACUGCCGAGAAGCGCACGGAC